UGUGAUAUUAAUACCCGUACGCAACACUUGGCACAGUACUUUAACAUGCACGUUUCGUGCUGUGAUUAGUUAACAACGUUUCGACUCAAAUGAGUUGCAGACGCUCCUCUCUCUGCAGAGGCUGUGUGCGGCUGACACGACAUAUUAGUACAAAGGCUUUGGCCCUUGCCAUAAGCUAGUCUAUACAAAAUCAUCACCUGACAACUCUCAACGUUCAACGUUCAACGUUCAACCUCGCCUCUGACAACAACGAGUCGGUAUCGUAAAUCCACGCCUCCCAAGUGGCACCUUACAUUUACCUCAGUCCCGCCGAAUGAGCACCGCAGAUGCACUGACAUGUCUGGCGAUUUCGCCCGACGGCCAGAAAAUUGCUAGUGCUACUGCUCGUUCGGGGGCGACUAUUACCGACAUAUCAUCGAAGAAUACGCAUCAGUUAGAAAUGCAUGCAGAUGCAGAUGCACAUACGCACGUCACUGCUGUAGCAUGGUCUCCUGACGGACGAAAAAUUAUAUGCGUAUUGUCAGACCACACGAUACGUUGCUGGAAUAUUACUUCAGCACGCUCUGUAGGACCACCAUUUGGAGCACACAACGACCUGAUCAUCACUGUGGGAUUUCUUCCUGACUCAUCUCACGCAAUAAGCUUGUCAAGGGAUGGAGAGUUGCUCGUAUGGAACACAGGGAACGGGAUAGUCACUCAACAAGUAACAGUGUCAAAUGCUUCUCAAACCAUUUUCGUGGCGGCUCUAUCUGUCGAUAGUAGUCUCCUCGUUACUAGCGAUACAAAGGAAGGCGUUGCCUGGGGGAUACCGCAGUGUGCCCGAAUAGCGGAGAUCGCACUUCCAGAUAUACCAUUGCUUCAAGCCGCUAUUAUUCCGAAUGAUCGUCCCCGAGUGGUGCUUGCAUUUGGCAACAGGUCCUUCUGGAUAUGGGACGCGAAUACAGGAAAGCAUGACAAUGCAUGCUUCGAAGGCCUUGAUAAAGAUGAUAUCCCCCUUGCCAUGGCGGCUUCUCCGGAUGGCAAGCUUUUGGCGCUGGAAAUUGACGGCGACAUCGAUCACCCCACACAUUUCUAUGAUAUGAAGGGCCACGAAUUCACUACUUCCAACAUGAAAUGUACCCAUCCAUUUGCAUUCUCACUGGACGGCAAGUUUUUUGCAGCCUCAAGCGUGCCCUCGGAUUCGAAGGAUGGCUCUUGUAAACCAAUUAUCCGUUCAGUGGAAGAGAUUCUUGGUCCCAGCCCUCUUGAUUUGUCUGCAACGAUUAUUCCGAAAGACAAAGGAAAACAACGUUCGUUAGGACACAACCCAGCGUUCUUCGAUCAACCGCCACCUUCUGGUAAUGCAAAAGGUCGCCAUAUUCGAUUUGGAUCUGGACCCUCGUCGAGCUCGGUUCACCAACAGGCCUCCACCGGUCGGGAACGGCGUAUCUCACCUCUUUCAAAAAUUUGGAAACGGAUUCGUUAUCCUCGGUCUCCCGAGGCAAGGGAAGCUCAACAGGUGUCCUCGAGAUCUGCCAAUCGGGAACGGCGCAUUCCACAUCUUGCCAACAUCUGGACGCGCAUUCGUCACCCUUCAUCCCACAGGGUGGUGUCGACUGUCGAUGUACCAGCCGCACAAGCUAAAAGGAGGAUUGUAGUUUCGCGUCCGCUUCGGACAGCGACGGCUCAGUCUUCUAGUAGUACCAGGGAAAAUGCCCGAUCGCAGAUGAUGUCGACUGAACAAGGCUCGGCACAGUCAUCUAGGCAAGCCGGUCGACUAGAACAUACGCAAGGCCAUAUCGAUGUAGAGGACCGGACGAGCAUUGAUUCAGGGAUGGUCUAUGCGGAGCGUGAUACCCAGAGUGUCAAAGCGCAUGGAUGCUGGAAUAUUUUCUGGAAUUGGUUGUGCUACAAAGCGUUCUGAUAUUGCUCCGUCUCCUGGACCCUGGUUGACUAUGUUCUAUGUAUGACAUGCGCUAUGUUGACAUGGCAAUCGUUGUAAUGGAGCUGGCCUAUGAUCGUGGCGAUUAACGAACUAAGAUAGAAGGCCGAGAACAAUCCCCAUGGUCACUAACCCCAAAGGAUGUUUUUUAUGGGUUCAAAUUCAAUCUUGACGUGGAUUUUUGAUUCCGCUCCUGCUUUUGCCGCUUCCUCUCAGCGAGUGUCAGCAAGCUCAAAUAUUCAUUUCGCCGUGCUCCCAAGCGAGCAGCAUCUCCCACUUGCGUGCAAACGGCAGUAUUCACCCGCCGUCCAAUUUCGAUGCUAAGCUGCCUGGAUCAGUAUUACAUAGUAUUUGCGGG